ACAUUGUGGGCUACAGAGAAAAAAAAAUUAGAAUCCUAUAUAUAUAUUUUUGCUUUGAAGUGAGGUCUUAAAAAUUGGAAGAAAAUGAAGCUUCACAUUCUCUUAUCGAUAUGCACAGUUCUUGGCAUUCUAGGUUUUUGUCAAGGAGGAAACCUUAGAAAAAAUUUCUACAGAGAAAAAUGUCCCAAUGCGGAGCAGAUUAUUCAGCAAGCCACUUGGAACCAUGUCAAAACCAAUCCCACCUUGCCAGCAAAAUUUUUGAGGAUGCAUUUCCAUGACUGUUUUGUUAGGGGUUGCGAUGCAUCGGUUUUAUUGAACUCAACAGCAAAUAGUACUGCAGAAAAGGCAGCAACUCCAAACCUAACUCUGACAGGUUUCGACGUCAUUGAUGACAUCAAAGAAAAAGUUGAGGAUGCUUGUCCGGGAGUUGUAUCAUGUGCUGACGUUCUGGCUCUCGCCGCUAGAGAUUCUGUCUCUUUCCAAUUUAAGAAAUCCAUGUGGGAAGUGCUAACUGGUAGAAGAGAUGGCAAAGUGUCUUCAAUGACAGAGGCCUUGCGCAACAUUCCUUCACCCUUCAUGAACUUCACUCAACUCAAACAAAAUUUCGCCGCUAAAAAUCUCACCCUCCACGACCUUGUGGUGUUAUCAGGUGGACAUACAAUUGGAAUAAGCCACUGCAAUGGCUUCGGCCCCAGGGUGUUCAACUUCACUGGAAAAGGAGAUCAAGACCCUUCUUUGGACCCAAAUUAUGCUAAAUUCUUGAAAACCAAAUGCAAUGGCCCAACUGACACAAAAUCAUUUGUCGAAUUGGAUCCCAAUAGCUCCCUAAAUUUCGACACCAAUUACUAUUCGAUCCUUCUGCAGCAUAAGGGUCUGUUACUAUCCGAUGCUGCCCUUAUAACAAACAAAGGUUCAACCAAGAUUGUCAAAGAGUUGGUAGAGACUGAAGAUUUCUUCACAGAGUUUGCACAGUCAAUGAAGAGAAUGGGAGCCAUUGAGGUCCUCACUGGCACAGAUGGUGAGAUUAGGAAGCAUUGCUGGGCUGUUAAUUCGUAAAUUCAAUGUUUUUAUUUUUUAUUUUUAUUAUUAUUCUCUGUGUGUGUGUGUGUGUGUGUGUUCUUGUUUUUUUAAAUUUGGGGUUUCGGAUUUUUAAUGAAUAAAAAUGCAUUCUAUGAAGUGGCCGGGUUUGGUACUGGGUUCAUUUUUGUUCGCCAUUAUGAUAAAAUGGAGGUGCUGUUCGAUAUGAACCUGUGAAUUAAUGUAGAUGCAUAUGUGAUGAGUUGAUGUAAUAUUAUUGGAACUGGUUCAGUGAUAUUCA